AUAUAUAUUAUUUCUCAUUCCAUGAUUAUUUAACUGAAUUCUUAUUUCUUAAAAUUAUUCUUCUGCAGUAGUAAGAAGUGACAGAAAUGAUACCAAUUAUAUUCCUUCUAUUUGUUUGCCGAAACGUAUUGUCAGAUAUUAUAGUCGAAGAAGGAAAUGCUUACGUAGACAAUCUUCUACAAUCAGCAUUGAAGAAUCAAGAAUUAGUAACUUUGCAACUACCUGACCAUGACAUUUCCAUCGCUCGUAAAUUCUUACAUGUAGCAGAAAUUUUGUUAAGAGAAGGCAAAAUCUUCGGAUUACCUAAUAUAUCAAGAAAUGAUGAUGUACAGAUAGCAGAAGAAGAAAAUUCAACUUUAAUUAUUUCUAAUUUAAAUCUUAAUGAUAUUGAACUACGAUAUCAAGUUAAUUUUACAUUUUUUAGGUUUAAAUUGAAACCUAUUAAUAUUACUGGUUUUAUGGAUAAUAAAAAAGUUAUUUUGAAACUUCGAAUAAAUAAAGAAACUAGGGAAUUAUCUGUUGUUAAUCUAUUAGUGUCGAAAUUAAGUGGUUUUCGAAUAAAUUUCAAAAUAUUUGGUAAUGCAUUUAGAUGGCUAUCUAAUGCAUUUAGAUCAAUGGUCAUAAAUAUAUUAAAAAAUGAUAUUACUUCUUUGGUUCAACGCAAAUUAAGAGAGGUUUUUGAAAAAGAAGCUGAAAGAAAACAUGACAUAUUUUAGCUAACUUCUUCCACAUCAACUUAAAUUAUUUUUAAAAUGUCAUUCAUUAAUAACUAUAUUAAAGAUUACACAAAACAUUUUCAAAAGUAUGUAUCUAAGAUUGUUGGUUCAUAUGUAAAUGUUUAUUAAAUUUUUUCUAUGUAGUUUUUUCUUUUUAUUUACUUAGUAAAUUAAAUUUACAAGAUAUCACAUAAUUUCCAGGUAAUUUUUCGGAAAAAUGGACAUGUAAUUUUAAAAUAAUAUAUUAAACUUAUAUUAAUUGUAUACUACAUGUUAUUAUUUGGAGUAAAGUUAUAUAAAAGUGUGAUUUAAUAAUAAUAAUAAUUUUCUUUAUAAUUACCACAUACAGUACUUUAAAAAAUCUCACUUUUUAUACGACAUUUGUAAAAACUGGCAUUAUAGACAAAAUCGCUGUUUAACCAGAACACGAUAUUUUAUUUAAGGUAUUUGGGCUGCAAUUAGAAAUAAUUGUAGCCCUAUAAAUUCCCACUGCCCUCUGUCUGUCCGUCUGACUGU